AUGAACGCCAUUAAACGCUACACGCUUCCAUCACUUGGGACAGCCCCAUCCCGAGUCCUCGCCGGCCACCAUCGCCUCCUUGCCAAUCACUCGCAGCGUCGCUUCCAGAGCGCGAACGAGGCUCUCGACCCGCUGAGUGAAAAGUCCGUCAAGGGCCGGACAGGCGGCGGCAAGAAACUCAACUCAUCUUCCCCCAACGCUCCGCCCAAGCCCAAGGUCUCGAACCUCAGCAUGCCCGCCAUCGACAAAGAGACGCAUCUGACCGACGAGCAGAGAGCCGAGGUGGAAGAACACAAUCGCGACUUUGACAAGAAGCACGAUCGUGCAUCCCCGGCACCAAACGACGAGGUGGACAAGGGGUUUUGGUCGGGCGAGGUUGGCCGGCAGACCGUCAGAAAAUAA